AGACGUGUACGGAGCGCCUGGAGGGACAACUUGGAUACAGGUUCACUGAUGGCUCAGCUGGGAGCAAUUGUGGCUGUGGCUUCCAGUUUCUUUUGCGCAUCUCUCUUCUCAGCUGUCCACAAGAUAGAAGAGGGACAUAUCGGAGUAUACUACAGAGGUGGCGCCCUGCUGACCUCCACCAGUGGCCCCGGCUUCCAUCUCAUGCUCCCAUUCAUCACAUCCUAUAAGUCUGUACAGACGACUCUCCAAACAGAUGAAGUAAAGAACGUACCAUGUGGGACCAGUGGGGGUGUGAUGAUCUACUUUGACAGAAUUGAAGUGGUGAACUUCCUGGUCCCAAAUGCAGUGUAUGACAUAGUGAAGAACUAUACGGCAGACUACGACAAGGCCCUCAUCUUCAACAAGAUCCACCAUGAGCUCAACCAGUUCUGCAGCGUUCACACUCUCCAGGAAGUCUACAUCGAGCUGUUCGAUCAAAUUGAUGAAAACCUCAAAUUGGCUUUGCAACAGGACCUGACCUCCAUGGCCCCUGGGCUUGUUAUCCAAGCUGUACGCGUCACAAAGCCCAAUAUACCUGAGGCAAUCCGCAGGAACUAUGAGCUGAUGGAGAGUGAGAAGACAAAGCUUCUUAUUGCAGCCCAGAAACAGAAGGUGGUGGAAAAGGAGGCGGAAACAGAGAGGAAGAAGGCCCUCAUUGAGGCAGAAAAAGUGGCUCAGGUUGCAGAAAUUACCUACGGACAAAAGGUAAUGGAAAAGGAGACAGAGAAGAAGAUUUCAGAAAUUGAGGAUGCUGCGUUCUUGGCCCGGGAGAAGGCGAAGGCCGAUGCUGAGUGCUACACUGCUCUGAAGAUAGCAGAAGCAAAUAAGCUCAAGCUGACUCCAGAAUAUCUGCAGCUGAUGAAGUACAAGGCCAUUGCUUCCAACAGCAAGAUCUACUUUGGCAAAGACAUCCCCAACAUGUUUAUGGACUCUGCAGGUGGUCUGCGCAAGCAGUUUGAGGGGCUGACUGACAAGCUGGGCUUCAGCUUAGAAGAUGAGCCCCUAGAGGCAACCAUGAAGGAUAAUUGAAAAAAAAAAAAAAAA